AUGCACCAACGGUUCGCCGCCUCGGCGCUCCGCCGGGAGCUGUCGCAGGCGCCAACCAGAGUCUCGCGACGGCAAUGGAGCUCCGGGCCUAGAGCCAGAGCGAGAACGGCCAUCUUCUUUCCGGGCCAGGGCGUUCAGAAAGUCGGCAUGCUCACGCCAUGGCUCGAGGCCUUUCCCGCGACAACGUCCCAGAUCAUGGAGGAGAUGGACCACUACGCAGGCUACAAGCUCUCCGACAUUAUACAAAACGGACCCUCCAAGGUCCUCACGCAAACGACCAACUCGCAGCCGGCCAUUAUGGCCACCUCGAUCAUCAUCCUGCGCAUCCUCGAAAAGGAAUUCAACUUUCACGUCGCCGAGCACUUUGACGUGGCGCUGGGCCACUCGCUCGGCGAGUUCGCCGCCCUCGUCGCCGGCGGCUACCUCAGCUUCCCCGACAGCCUGUACCUUGUGCGAGAGCGCGCGGCGGCCAUGUCGCGGGCCACGCAGCAGGCCGUGGCCGAGUACGGUGGCGAGUACGGCAUGGUGGCCAUGAUCACGGAGCCGGGCCACCUGCCGGGGCUCAUCGACGCCGUGCACGACUUUGUCGGGCACUCGAGCGCGUACGGCACCGAGGCCGAGGCCGAGACUCGAGCGCGAACGAGCGGCCUCAGCAGCAGCAGCGAGCUCGACGUGCCGCCCAUCGAGCAGGUGCUGAUUGCCAACAUCAACAGCAAGAACCAGAUUGUGCUGAGCGGCAGCAUCGAGCGCAUCCGCACCCUCAUUGCCCACGUCCGCCAGUUCCACGGCCACGACCCGCGCGCCGUCCGCCUCGCCAGCGACAGCCCCUUUCACAGCCCCAUCAUGCGUCCCGCUGUGAGCGUCAUGCGCCGCAUGCUACACGGCAAGAGCCGCGUCCCCGGGCGCGAGCACGAGGACAUUGUCACGUGGCCCGGCACCGUCGAGUCCAUCAGCAACGUCACCGCGCGGCCCUUUCGCAGCAAGGAGGAGCUCAAGGAGCUGCUCGCCCGCGGCUGCCUCGAGACGGUCCGCUGGUGGGACAGCAUCCGCUACCUGGACAGGGAGGAAAAGAUUCGCCGCUGGGUCGGCAUUGGCCCGGGCAAGGUCGGCCGCAACCUGGUUGGGAAGGAGGUCGGCAUGCGCGGCAAGGAUUUGGUCAAGGGCGGCGGCGUCUGGGCGAUUACGGACCCGCUCGAGGUCGAGGAGGUCAUCAAGGGCCUCGAGGAGACGGCGUACAUUAUCGACGACGAGGAGUGGGAAGACGACGGCUGA